CUCCGCCACCUCCUAGCGCAGCGUCGCCGCCUCCACUGGCGGUGACUUGGAGUUAGAGCGACCGCUAACCGGCCGGCCAGGCCCAGAGCGAGCGGCGAGCGCGCGGCGCACAGCGAGGCCGGCCGUCGGCGGAGCCCGGGCCGGCAGGCCGCCGCGAUGUUCCCCAAGGAGGCGACGUUCCCCCGGGAGACGACGUGGAACAUCUCGUUCGCGGGCUGCGGCUUCCUAGGCGUCUACCACAUCGGCGUGGCCUCCUGCCUCCGCGAGCACGCGCCCUUCCUGGUGGCCAACGCCACGCACAUCUACGGCGCCUCGGCUGGGGCGCUCACGGCCACGGCGCUGGUCACCGGGGCCUGCCUGGGUGAGGCUGGUGCCAACAUCAUCGAGGUGUCUAAGGAGGCCCGGAAGCGGUUCCUGGGCCCGCUGCACCCCUCCUUCAACCUGGUGAAGACCAUCCGUGGCUGCCUGCUGAGGACCCUGCCGGCUGACAGCCAUGAGCGCGCCAGUGGCCGCCUGGGCAUCUCCCUGACCCGUGUGUCGGACGGCGAGAAUGUCAUUAUAUCCAACUUCAACUCCAAGGAUGAGCUCAUCCAGGCCAAUGUCUGCAGCACGUUCAUCCCUGUGUACUGUGGCCUCAUCCCUCCCUCCCUCCAGGGCAUCCGCUAUGUGGAUGGUGGCAUCUCGGACAACCUGCCGCUCUAUGAGCUCAGGAACACCAUCACAGUGUCUCCCUUCUCGGGCGAGAGCGACAUCUGCCCGCAGGACAGCUCCACCAGUAUCCACGAGCUCCGGGUGACCAACACCAGCAUCCAGUUCAACCUGCGCAACCUCUACCGCCUCUCCAAGGCCCUGUUUCCACCGGAGCCCAUGGUGCUGCGGGAGAUGUGCAAGCAGGGCUAUAGGGACGGCCUGCGCUUCCUGCGGAGGAACGGUCUCCUGAACAGGCCCAACCCCCUGCUGGCACUACCCUCUGCCUGCCCCCAUGUCGCCGAAGACAAGGACAAAGAGAAGACCGUGGUGGCCGUGGAGAGGGCCCGAGUGGAAGGCCACUUGCAGCGGCCAGAGGAGGACCGCAUCCUGGACCAUCUGCCUGCGAGGCUCAAUGAGGCCCUGCUGGAGGCCUGUGUGGAGCCCAAGGACCUGCUGAGCACCCUGUCCAACAUGCUGCCAGUGCGCCUAGCCACCGCCAUGAUGGUGCCCUACACCCUGCCGCUGGAGAGUGCCGUGUCCUUCACCAUCCGCUUGCUAGAGUGGCUGCCUGACGUCCCAGAGGACAUCCGGUGGAUGAAGGAGCAGACAGGCAGCAUUUGCCAAUACCUGGUGAUGCGUGCCAAGAGGAAGCUGGGCAGCCACCUGCCCUCCAGGCUGUCGGUGGAGAUGGAGCUGCGCCGCGCCCGGUCGCUGCCCUCUGUGCCACUGUCCUGCGCUGCCUACAGUGAAGCGCUGCCGGGCUGGAUGCGCAACAACCUCUCGCUGAGGGACGCGCUGGCCAAGUGGGAGGAGUGUCAGCGCCAGCUGCUGCUCAGCCUCUUCUGCACCAACGUGGCUUACCCGCCGGAUGCCCUGCGCAUGCGCAGCCCCGCCUGUCCCUCCCCCGCGCCCCCGCAGCACCCUCCUGGCUUGCCCCCUUGCUGAGUGGCCCUGCUCCUGCCUUCCCAGCCCCCUGGGGUCCCAGUGCUGAGGGCCAGGACCCCAGCUUCCCUGCCCCAUGAGGCGGGGCCCUGGGUCCGGCUGAGAUCCCCCUCCCUGGUUUCUAGUUCCCCUGUGGAGUGAGGAGAUGGGGGCGCCCCCAGCUGGCAGAGGGACUUUGCUGUUAACCCCACCCCCAGCGACUCCCUUGCUGCGCUGAGUAGGCAGGGGUGUGGGACGGAGGGCCCCUCACCUGUGCCUUCAUCUUCCCCUCUCAGGCCCCACCCUAGGGCGGGGCGGGGACCCAGGCUGGGGGCCCUCAGCCCGCCGCCCCCGCCGUCAGUGCAGUAUUACUCCCGAGAACUUUGCACCUGCCGCUCCCUCUGCGUUUUUCAUUUUUUUGCUGAAGAAUGUGUGAAGAGUUAUUUAUUUUCGCCAAAGCACAUGGAAUAAAGGCCACAGCUCAGCCCCUGCGUCCUCCUUGUAUGCGACCCCUUCCCCGGCUGACCCGUGUCUGUCAGCUUCAAGGGUCCCCUCUCCUUGAAGCUGGCAUUCGAGCCUGGGGCUGCCCCUGAGGUUCCCUUGGCCUCCUGGGUUGCAGCCCGCUUCUCUACUUUCCCCCACUUUGCUCUGUGGCCUGCUGGCUGACCCUGGGGCACAGCUCUUCAAGAGCCAGGGGAAAUAUCUGAGACCAAGAUUCUUGCUAAAUAAAAAACGGAAAAAUGUUUACAAAA